AUGUUGUUGAAGAUCAAAAGGGUUCACCAGAAAGACAAGACGGUGGAAGAAGAAGACGGAGGAUGUGGUCGGAAUUGUCUAACCAAGUGUUUUAUCAAUGGUGCAAGGCUUCCUUUGUAUACAUGCAAGCAUGUGGAGAAACCCGUGGAAGAUAAUGUAACGUUACUCGAGUCCUUACUUCUUGGAGAGAUAAGUUUCAAAGAGGAUUAUUUCGUUACAGCUUGUGAGACCAAGUGGCAAUUUGGUUAUCAUAGGUUAUAUAUACCGGGGAAGUACGGUUUCAUUGCGAAGCUAAACGAAGAAGAAGCCAACGGAUUUGAAGCUACCAAUGAUGACUCUGAUAACUCGCCAAGCGUUGUUGCAGUCAAUGUGAGUCCGAUUGAGUACGGACAUGUAUUGCUGAUUCCUCAGGUUCUAGAUUGCUUGCCUCAAAGGAUUGAUCACAAAAGCCUUUUGCUUGCUCUUCACAUGGCUGUUGAAGAAAGCAAUCCAUAUUUCCGAAUUGGAUACAAUAGUUUAGGUGCAUUUGCUACCAUCAACCAUCUUCACUUUCAGGCUUACUACUUGGCAAUGCCAAUAUUACCUAUCGAGAAAGGCCCUUCUUUAAAGAUCACUACCACCAAUGAAGGCAUCAAGAUCUCAAAGCUAUUGAGUUAUUCAGUGAGAGGUCUUCUCUUUGAAGGUGGAAUUUCCAAAAAAGAUCCCUCUGAUGUUGUAUCAAACGCAUGUGUUUGCCUUGAGAACAAAAACAUUCCUUUCAACAUUCUCAUUUCUGAUUCCGGGAAACAGAUCUUUCUUCUCCCUCAGUGUUAUGCAGAGAAACAUGCACUACGGGAAGUUAGCUCGAAGCUGCUGGAUACGCAAGUAAAUCCAGCGGUUUGGGAGAUGAGUGGUCACAUGGUGUUGAAGAGGAAAGAAGAUUACGAAGGAGCUUCUGAGGAGAAGGCAUGGAGUCUACUUGCUGAAGUCUCUUUAUCAGAAGAGAGGUUCAAAGAAGUUAUCACUAUGAUCUUUGAAGCAAUCGGUUUUAAUGGUGAAAAAGAAGAAGAGCGGAGUUCGAUUGAUGGUGGCUUCAUAAGAUCGAAUUGUUUCCCUUCAGUGAAAGAAGAGGCUUUAUCUAACUGAGAGUUUCUUAAGGCUUCUUUUGAAAUAAGCAAUCAUUAAACUCUUAGUGAUUUGCAUUCUAGUGUUUAAACGUUUACAUGGAGUUUAGUCGUAAGAAUAUUUUAUAUGACCUAUCUUUAUAUUGG